UUGAAAUAGCAAGUGCGAAGAAUUAACAGGUCCAUGAGGAUGCGUUUUGGGUUCCUCUUGGUGACACUUUUCAAAUUUCCCGCCAAACCGAAUUUAGUCUAUUUUCUAUUGCCGGUGAUUCACCAGCUGAUCGACUGACGAAUCAGGCGAUUUCAAGGUCAAGGUCAAGGUCAACCCAGCAGAUCAACGUUUUGUGUUUACCAAUUUGACCGAUGAAUUCCGUCUUUUUUCGCUUUAUGAAGGCGUAACAAGAUAUAAAAUCACAAUGGACAGACCGAGUAGAGUUUCUUCUAGCCCUUUCAUGCGGCCUACAUCGCAAAGCAUGGCUGCAGCACCUUCUGCAGGGCCACAAAACAAGGGUCUAAAAGGCGUCAUUGCUGGUGGCUUUACCGGUGGUAUUGAGGUAUGCAUCACAUUUCCAACAGAAUACGUCAAGACCCAGCUUCAACUUGAUGAGAAAGCAGGAACAAGUAAAAAAUAUACAGGCCCCAUUGAUUGUGUAAAAAAGACUGUAAAAUCACAUGGGGUUAGAGGAUUGUAUCGAGGUCUCAGUGUUCUGUUAUAUGGUUCUAUACCAAAGUCUGCUGUUAGGUUUGGAACUUUUGAAGCACUCAAGAAAAGGAAUGUCGAUGAAAAUGGAUUCCUGCCAACAAACAGAAAAUUAUUAUGUGGUCUCGGUGCUGGUGUUAGUGAAGCCAUUUUUGCUGUGACACCCAUGGAAACUGUCAAAGUCAAAUUCAUUGACGAUCAGACGUCUAAAAAUCCAAAGUUCAGAGGAUUCUUUCAUGGAGUAAGAUCAAUAAUUAAGCAGCACGGUUUUAAAGGAGUGUAUCAAGGUUUAACACCCACCAUGAUGAAGCAAGGAUCAAACCAAAUGAUUCGUUUCUAUGUUGUCGAGUCAUUAAAGGAUGUGUAUAAGAAGGGAGAUAAGGAUAAGCCAGUACCCAAGCUUUUAACAGGGUGUUUUGGUGCUGUGGCUGGGGCCUGUUCAGUGUAUGGUAAUACACCCAUUGAUGUCAUCAAGACGAGGAUGCAGGGUCUUGAGGCUCACAAGUACAAAAACACCUUUGAUUGUGCUUACCAGAUCAUGAAGCAUGAAGGGCCAAGAGCCUUCUACAAGGGAACGGUUCCACGAUUAAGUCGCGUCUGUCUGGAUGUUGCCAUCACAUUUAUGCUUUACGAUUCAAUCAUGGAGCUAUUCCAUAAAGUCUGGAAAUAGUCAUUUCUGCCAUGAUAUCUAGAGACUCAAAGAGGAAGCAAUCAGCGUACAAGCCCAGUAAUGCUCUGUGUGACCUUUGUAUUGGUAAAACUAACAGUAUAAGGUACAUCAAGACCUGUGAACAAGAGUUUGGUAUUGUAACCCGCAUUUCUGUCAUUUGGAGCAAAACUGAUUGUCGUCUGCCCUUACCGGCUUGCACCAGGUGAAAUAUUGUCUUAGUUGUCUUGCUCACUGAUAGUUCAGCCUGAGGGCAUAGUUAAAUCGGUUCCUGGUCGUCUCACAGAUGGCAGCACAGCAAAGACAGUCUCGUCUGCCAUGUUGGUAUCACGUCACAUGCACUUGCUUGGAAUGUUCAAUUUCAUUUGUGAUGUGUUGCUUGUAACUCUAUAGAUUAUAAAUCACAAAAAAGAAGUUGCAAAGUAGUGACAGAUUGAUUUGUAGAAUCUUGUGUAUAUUGGUGUCCACGGUUGAUAAAUGUAUUGGUUUACCUUAGAAAUAUCCAGUACAUGCUUACCUCGAGAGGAAAAGACUACUACACAGAAGAAGCAGUUUUAUUCCAGUAUACCCCUCCAACACUAUGAUGGUGGGGCCUUGCUCUUUUGAAGGUAAAAUGAUCUCUUUGUCCAUCGUGAUGUCAGUAAAUGAAGAACUGCUGCUCAUUGAGAAAAACUGAUCCAAAUUUCUUUUGAGAUGUGUUACGGCAUUGAAUUCAGCGACUAACUGGAAGAUCCCCAGGGACCAGCUAGUUGCAGUAAGAGUGGGCUGCAUACCACACAUAUUCAUUUAGUUUUUGCCUGAUAUUUUAGUUCAAAACCCUUUGGACAUUCGUUGAUCUUAAAUUGUUUUAAAGUUACACAUGUAAGUGCUUUUGGUUGUGGUAUGUGGUUACAUGUGUGACAGUUUUUAGUUGUAAAGCAAAUUGUUAGCAUUUAUGACAUACCGGUAAUGUUAGCUUGUAGAUUAAAAAUUGAUUUAAAGAAAUUGCACAAAAACACUGGAUUAAGGUUAUGAACCAUUAAAAGUUUAAAACAUACUUUAAUGUUAAUUAACAUGUAAUGUGCUAAAUGUUGUAAAGGCCUUUUGGCAUUGCCAUAAUAAAAGGCCUGAAAAGGUUGAUGUAAACAAAGGUUGUGGUAUAUACAUGUAGUUAUGUAUUUUAGUAGGCAGUUUAAGAAGUUUUAUUUCUGGUUUGUUUGUCUUAUUUUGAAAUCAUGAAUUGUGUUAUUACUUCAUGUAGCUGAAACAAAUAUUUUGAGUGUCAUUGCAAUAUGCUAAAACCGACAACUUGGUGUCCCUGUUGGGCACUAUCAGAAUGCAAUACCAUGUGUCCCGAUGUGUCACCGAGUCAGUAAUGCUAAUGCAUUAAUGCAUUUUGGGUUUUUGUACAGGUUGAGAUGGAGGAACCUUUACAAAGUUGUGCAAAUUCAGAUAACAUGUAUUUUACCCCUGUCAAGACAGUGUGCUUUCUCAAUGAUAACAAUAAAUGAAAGUGAGCUGGUCCAAUGAGCUUCAUUGUAUCACAGAUGUAUUCAUAAUCUGCUAGUAUUCAUGAUUUAAGAUUCCCUUCUGGUUAUUUUCACUACCUCAUGUGACCUCAGAGAGACUGAUAUAUUGUAUAAUAGAAAGGGAAUCUCCUCACUCAUGGAUUCGAAUACUAGUAUCCAUAAGUUCAUUCCAAUGCAAGUCUCUGUUUAUAGUAAAAAAUUAAAAAACAUAUUGCUUUUGCAUCCAUUUGCUAAUGAAAGGCACAGCUUCUCUUCCUGCUCCUUCGUAAUAUCAUUUAUUUGUGUUUUCAAUUCAAGAAAACUACAAAUUCUCUGUUGAUUUAAGUAACAAAUUUUAUAACUUAGGGUAAAUAACUCAAUGUUGAAUUUUGCAUGUAUGAUGCAAAUGGUUUUAGAAAUGUUAAUCAGAUAAAAUUUAUUCAAGGAAGUGGUUACUCUAUGGUUGUUGUAGGAAAAUAGUAACGCAAUAUUCAAAUCAAGAUAAUACUAAUUUGUAAUGAUUCAUUCAUGGACUGUUAUUAUGAUUCUACUACAAAUGAUGUAAUGGGACUAAUAUCCUGAUCGAUGAGUUGACAAGAUUCUACUUAACCAUUUCAGAGGCUGCGGCUCCUUGGUACUGCAGCCCAUACCAAAUCGAUCACAGCUACAUGUAUUCUAAUCUAGAGAAGUUUAGCUUUCAAACGGCAUGCUUCAUUAAUGGAAAGCUGAGACAAUCAGGCAAGAGUUGUCAAUUUUCCAUGAACAAUGUCCCAAGUAUAAGUAUGGAUCUGUAGUAUGUUAACGUCGCUGUUGUGUGAUUAACAACAUUUUAGUGUCAUGAUGCUAUAGAUUGCAUGUAUGAAUGUUUGUAAAGUUCUGUCUGAUCCGAAGAAAAUAAAUAUGCUCAUAAUUGCUAGGGAAUAAAUAAUUUGAAAUGAACUGAAAUAAAAAGUGAAAUUUAUAU